AUGAAUAUCAGGAAGCUACGCAUGUUCUUCCUGGCUGCAGAACUCUCCAACUCACUCCCAGAACCCCUCUCAACUUCUACCUCUUUCAAUUCAGACCCUGAUUCUCAAAUGUCAGAUGUGGACCUACCUCCGUCACUGCCUAUAUCGCUCUCCUCCAACCCUAAUCUCGAAGAGGCUCGUCUUGAAGCGCAAGAAUUGCCAAAAUAUCUAUUGGCAAAGUCGUACUUUGACUGCCGAGAAUACGACCGCUGUGCUGCCGUCUUCAUACCAUCGAUUCUACCUCGAGGCCCAUUGACUCCUACGUCUCCCAACGCCAAGACCCGCACGCCUACAAAAGCAGCAAAGGGAAAAGCGAAAGAGUCGAGUCCAAAUACCAAAACAGAUUCAAUACCUCUAAGCAAUGCUUUGCCUCGUUUGAGUCAGAAGUCUCUUUUCCUGUCAAUGUACGCUAAAUACAUGUCCGGAGAAAAGCGAAAGAAUGAGGACAGCGAAUCGAUACUUGGACCAGCCGAUGGGGGCGGGACGGUCAACAAAGAACUUGUGGGUUUGGCGCGGAGCCUUGAGGGCUGGUUUGCAGACCGAGCGGCCAAAGGCCUGGAGCGCGGCAAUCAGGGGUGGCUAGAGUACCUGUACGGCAUCGUUCUAGCCAAAGGAAAGACGGAAGAAGAUGCCAAGACUUGGCUGAUCAGAAGCGUUCAUCUAUGUCCAUUCAAUUGGGGUGCUUGGCUCGAGCUGAACGAGUUACUAAACCGGUUCGAGGAACUUCAGAGCAUUGUCCGAGAGUUGCCGCAGAAUCUCAUGACCUUGGUCUUCCAUCUCUAUGCAAGCCAAGAACUCUAUCAAUCAACAGAGACGACGCACAAUCAACUGAAUGAUCUAGAAAGGAUCUUUCCUGAAAGCCAGUUCCUAAAGACACAGCGAGCGCUGCUAUUCUACCACUCCAAAGACUUUGAUGAAGCCGAGUCCAUUUUCUCGGCCUUGUUACAUGCCGAUCCUCAUAGGAUUGAUGCUCUCGAUCAUUACUCAAACAUACUUUACGUCAUGUCCGCAAGACCUAAGCUUGCCUUUCUGGCUCAGGUUGCAAAUGCAACGGACAAGUUCAGACCUGAGACCUGCUGUGUCGUGGGAAACUACUACUCACUCAAAUCGGAGCACGAAAAGGCGGUCAUGUACUUUCGCCGUGCACUAACUUUGGACCGGGACUUCCUUCAAGCGUGGACAUUGAUGGGUCAUGAAUACGUGGAGAUGAAAAACACACACGCUGCGAUCGAAAGCUAUAGGCGCGCAGUAGACGUCAAUCGAAAAGAUUAUCGAGCCUGGUAUGGACUCGGCCAGACUUACGAAGUACUCGAGAUGCAUCUCUACGCACUGUUCUACUAUCAACGCGCAGCAAGUCUUCGACCCUACGAUCCUAAAAUGUGGCAUGCGGUCGCUAGCUGCUACGAUAAGGUUGACAGGCCAAUCCAAAGUAUCAAAGCUUAUAAGAGGGCGCUGGUGGCUGGUACAUACUAUGAUCAAGGAAGCUCCUUCGGCUCCGGUGCAACCAAUGGAGAACCUCCUCAAGGAGUCCUAGAUCCUGAGAUGUUAUAUCAGAUCGCCCUUGUGCAUGAGAAAUUGGAGCAGCAAGAUGAAGCCGCAUCGUAUAUGGAGAUGACUCUAGCACAAGAAGAAGGUCCUGGAGAGGACGAUGAUGACGAGAUAAGACGGCCAGGGACUGGGGUUACUAAUAUAACUUCGAAAGCGCGGAUGUGGCUUGCCCGAUGGGAGUUCGCUAGGGGCGGUCUCGCAAGAGCUAUGGAGCUAGCGAAUGAGCUGUGUCAAGAUGGUGUGGAGGUGGAAGAGGCAAAGGCGCUGAUUAGAGACUUACGGGCCAGGAUGGAAUCCCCGAGGUCGCCGUCCCGAUAG